AUGACGGAGGUGUCGACGCGGUUACUGUGUCAGUUGGAGGGUUUGAUGCGAGGAGUGAACAGUGGUGAAGGUCGAGUGGCGGAGUUGAUGUCGAUGUUGGAGGAGGUGGGUGCCAGAGAAGGUGAAUUGAGAAAUAAGGUGAUGGAGAGAGAGUUGCACGAAAGGCAGCUUCAGGAUGAGUUGGAUGGAGAGCGUGUGAAGGUGAGCAAGUUGGAGGAGAGUUUGGCUGACAGUGAGGCGGAGAAGGAGGUGUUGUCGAGGAGUUGUGAGGAGAUGAGUGAAGAGUUGAAGAGGAGGGAGGGUGAGCAGCGGUCGUUGGAAGAGAGGAUGGAGCAGGUGGUUGGUGAAAAAGUGCGUGAAGUAGAGGUGGAGGCGAAGGAGUUGGAGGAGAUGCGCGCACGAUUGCACGAUAUGGAGGAGGAGAAGGCGCGUAAUGUGGAGGAAUGUGGACGGUUGUUGGGUGAGGUGGAAGCGUUGAGGCAUGAGUUGGAUGAGAUGAAGGCGCGUGAGUCUGUGGCGACAUCGGAGGCGAUGAAGCCAGUGGUGGAGCCGGUUGUGGUGGAGGCGGUGAGAGCGGAGGCUGUGUUGUCGUCUGCUCCAACUAGGUGUUCAAGUCUUUUCCUUUUUUCUUCUUUUUUUUGUAUGCCAAAGUUUGUAGGGAACAGGUUUUGA